UUUGACGGCUCGCACUCUCCCGCGAAGUCGAGGUUUUUAAGUCGUGCUUGUGAUGGAAAGCAGAGAAGAGAUGGUGAUGCUGGCGGAGGGAGGUCAGCUUGGCAAGAGCGGCUCUCAUUUGACGGAAGCCAUCGGGAGCCCCGCGCGAGAACCGCAGGGGAAGCCGGGCCACAGGACCUGUCUGAGCCCCGGCGCUGCGCCCUACUCCCGGGACAGAACUGAGGUGGUGAUAGAGGAGAGCGCACGGAGGAAUAUGUGCGCCGAUAUGAGGCCAGUUGGCACGUCUUCCUCUGGAGAGAGGCACCGGACUGAUCACCACAAAGACGGCAGCAGCUCAGACACCGAGUCGGACUUCUACGAGGAAAUUGAUGUCAGCUGCACUCCAGAAACCAUGGACUACCCAACAGCUAAAGGUCGAAAUGGGGAUUCUCCGGGUCAUCCAAGUGAGACUGGUGCUGACCCGGGUAUGACCGGGCACGGUCAGGGCUCUCUGUCUUAUUCGGCGGAUCAGAUUCGCCGGUACCGGACAGCGUUCACCCGGGAGCAGAUCGCGCGGCUGGAGAAGGAAUUUUACCGGGAGAACUACGUGUCCAGGCCGCGGAGAUGCGAGCUAGCGGCCGCCUUAAAUCUACCUGAAACCACAAUAAAGGUGUGGUUUCAGAACCGCAGGAUGAAAGACAAACGCCAGCGUCUGGCCAUGACGUGGCCUCACCCCGCCGAUCCGGCCUUCUACACUUACAUGAUGAGCCACGCGGCAGCCACGGGGAACCUGCCCUACCCUUUCCCAUCACACCUGCCGCUACCUUACUACUCCCACCUGGGUGUCGGAGCUGGCUCGGCUCCGGCCGCCACCCCCUUUUCCAACCCCCUGCGCUCCCUCGACAGUUUCCGGAUGCUGUCUCACCCUUACCAAAGGCCGGAGCUCCUGUGCGCCUUCAGACACCCAUCCCUGUACCCAGGUCCGACCCACGGCCUUGGUCCCGGUGGAAGCCCCUGCUCCUGCUUGGCCUGUCACUCCAGUCAAUCCAAUGGUAUCUCAACCAGGCCCUCCGCCUCGGACUUUGCUUGCUCCCCAACUAGCAGGACUGACGCUUUUGUCACUUUCACGCCUUCAGUCCUCAGCAAAUCCUCAUCUGUGACUUUAGACCAGAGGGAAGAAGUGCCUCUGACCAGAUAAAACCAAAACAAACCAACUCUUGUUCUAUAUAAGCCUUUACCAUAAGCUUUUUAACCUAACAUAUUAUAAGAUCAGGACUGAAACAGCAUGAAGAGGUAGCCUGUGAAAGCCAGCUUAAACAGGGGAGGGGAUGGGGAUAAUUAGCCAGAUCUUCAGCUAUGUGACGCACAACGGGUCUCCCAUUACUGAAAAAUAAUAAUCCUAUUGCAGAGCCAGGACAGUGGGCUGAAAUAUGACGGCAUGGACACAAAAGCAGAUUUGAUUUUUACAAGAUUAAUUUAAUGUGUGAGAAAGGAGGGGGACCCAGCGAAACGUUUAAAUCUCCGUGAUGGAUGGAGUUAAGGUUUUUAUCAUUACUUAUCGUCCCUUUACGCGUCCAAAUCGACCUACAUGUAUUGUUAGUUACGCGAGAAUGACGCUUUCCAUCUCUCUUUUUAACAAGGGGAUUUGUUAACAGACUGCGGCCGUCUCAUUAUAAAGCAACUCUCCACACCGGGGCCCUCCACGGCGGGCACGGGCCGAAAUGUGCAGAUGCUAGUAAAAUUAGUAAGUGAUGUAUAUGUACGACCCGGUGAAUUUUGAGUGUUGAAUUAAUGAUAAUACCAAGAAGGGAUCGUUACUGCCAAAAGGUAACAAGGCGCCAAGGGAACGGAUUACAACAGCCCGCACGGUUUGAGGAGGAGGAGGAGGAGGAGGGGGAGGAGAGGGAAGAAGAAGAACCCAGAAGAGGAUGGAGA